GAACCAGAAUCUAGUACGAAAAGGGUAUUGGAACUGAUUCAAGAAUUUGGGCAAGUAGCAGGUUUCAAGCUGAAUAAGAUGAAAACUAAGGUCUUAGAGAAAAAUUUAACUGUAAAUGAGAGAGAGAAAUUUCAGGAAGAGACAGGACUAACAUUGGUUAAGAAAGUGAAAUAUUUAGGG